GCUUCAAGCUUUUGAACCAGCCAGACGGUACCCCGACCCGGACUUACGGUUUUAACUCCAUCGGAACGAUUGCGAGGUCUAGGUUCCCCGAAUCCAGCCCUCGCGUUGCUCGCGUCGAGCUUAUCUGCAUACAUCUGCGCGGGGCGGUUGGGCAAGGCGACCCCGAGUGCAUUAAGAGAAGCUUAAUUCGCCGCCAAUUUUCCGUCUACCUAUUCCUAACCUAGAUUACAUUCUCCCCGUCGCGAUGGCUAGCCCUACACUUCUCUCCAGCGUCGCCGUUCUGCUCGUCGCCUACCUCAUCAAGAAGCUUGCCUUCACGCAGAAAAAGCUCCCCCUUCCACCAGGCCCCAAAGGCCUCCCGAUCCUCGGGAACAUACCCGAUCUCCCGCCCAAAGGCGAGCCGGAAUGGAAGCACUGGCUCAAGCACAAGGACCUCUACGGGCCGAUCAGCUCCGUCACAGUCCUCGGCCAGACGAUCAUCUUGGUCCACGACUUGGACGCCGCGCUGGAGCUGCUCGAUAAGAGGGGCGGCAAGUACUCGUCAAGGGGCCGCAUGGUGUUUGCGGGUGAAAUGUGCGGGUAUAACGAGCGUAUGCCGUUCUUUCCCUAUAAUAAAACGUUUCGCGCUCAGCGCAAACUUGCGGGCGGGCAGCUGGGGACGAGGAGCGCGGUUGCGAGGUUCUAUGACGCUAUGGAUGUGGAGGUACGGCGCUUCCUGCUGCGGACGUUGGAGAAGCCCGAGGAUGUGAUUAGCCAUCUCGAAACCGAAUCCGGCUCUCUCAUGCUGAAAAUGCUCUACGGAUACACGCCCUCGCCGCACACCCCCGACGCACUAGUCCGCCUGAUCAACAAAGUCAUGGAAGAAUUCAGCGCGGCCGUCGUAGUCGGCGCCUGGAUGGUCGACGUGCUCCCCUGGCUGCGCCACCUCCCCGACUGGUUCCCCGGCACGCGCUUCAAGCAGACCGCGCGCCAGUGGCGCAAAGACUCCGACGAGUGCAUGAACGUGCCCGUCGCCUUCGUCACGCAGCAGAUGGCGCAAAACGCCGCAAAGCCGAGCUACGUCGAGCGUCUGCUCCGCGCCAACCCCGCGGACAAGACGCACAUCGAGCAGAGCGCCGCCGCACUGUACGCCGGCGGCGCGGACUCCACCGCCGCGGGGCUGAGCUUCUUCUACCUGGCCAUGACGGCCUUCCCCGACGUCCAGCUCAAGGCGCGUGAGGAAAUCGACCGCGUCGUCGGCUCCGCGCGGCUCCCCGGCUUCCAGGACCGCGAGAACCUGCCGUACGUCGAUGCUGUGGUCAAGGAGACGCUGCGCUGGCACCCGCUCGCGCCCGUGGGCCCGCCGCACAUGAGCGACGAGGAAGACGAGUUCCGCGGAUUCCGCAUCCCCAAGGGCGCCAUGGUCCUGCCGUCUAUCAAGUGGUUCUCCGCGGACCCGGGCGUGUACCGCGAGCCGGAGGCUUUCCGACCAGAGAGGUUCCUCGGACCGGAUCCUGAGCCCAGUCCGAGCCAGUACGUCUUCGGGUUCGGGAGGCGCAUUUGCCCUGGCCGGCUGCUGGCGGAUGCGAAUAUGUUCCUCGCAGUUGCGCAGAGUCUGGCUGUGUUUGAGAUCGGGAAGGCGGUGGAUGCGGAGACGGGGGCGGUGGUGGAGCCGGUGGUCGGGACGACGGCGGGGCUGGUGGCUCAUCCGUUGCCGUUUCGGUGUAGGGUUGUGCCGCGGAGUGCGGAGUGUGUGGCGUUGAUAAGGGGGAUUGAGGUUGAGCAUCCUUGGGAGGAGGGGGAUGCUAAGAUGCUUAGGGGGCUUAGUGGAUAGGAGUGAGGGCUUGGAUUCUUCAUGGUCAGAGACACCAGAGAGCGAGUGGUUUGCGGUACACGUCUGCGGAUUGUGGGUUCGUUAACAGCAGUGACUAGGAGAAAUUGUUCUUGGAGAAGUCCCCACGCAGUAUGACUGUGUCCUCGGCCAGUCCUUCUCAUGCGAUGUACGGCGCCGAAACUGGCACUUUCACUGCAGGCAGCAUCGCUAUUCUGGCUCCUCACCGCAUCCAUCCAUUCUCGCUCGAAACUCUCAAGCAGGGAACGGC